ACACUUCAAAUGCCUCUGUCCUUUUUAUGUGCUCUGAUAAAUAUCACAGGUGAAAUCAAAAGUGCGGGACUGCGAGCGGCGGGGAGAAUCUCUCGGAGGUGUUUGGAGCGGCAGCGCGUCACGGGUGUGCCGCACGUGCGGGGCGUGGAGCGGCGGUAACUAUAAGAAGGAGAGGAGAGAGGGGAGGACAAGAGCAGAGAGGAGGAGGGGAGCGGAGGCAUCACCGCAGGAGAAACAAAACCAAACCCCGGAGACAGGAGGCUGCGAGGCUGUGGAGGUCGAGGAGAAGCGCGGUGCGGUCCACAGGUCGGAGCCCCCGGAAAGCGGCUUUAGCAUCCUUAGCGCUAACACUAAGCUAACAAGGAAUGUUAACUCUAGGCUUUUCUAGACCAGAGGCCUGCAGCAUCCUCCACUAAAACUAGAACGACCUCAGUGCCGACGGAUGACCCCAUCCAACGAGCACCUAGUGAAUUUGACCUGACGGUGGAUUCUACAGCUUCCAUCCAGACAGCAAACCAAGCAGAGCAUUCCUCUUUUUAAACAAUUGCUUCCUUUGCCUUGACUUUAUAGACACUUUUUUUUUUCUUUUGGAAAGCUUGAGAUAGCUGCGAUUCUUUCGAAGAAGAGAGAUUUUAAAGGUGAUCUUUCAAAAUGGGCCCUGGAAUGGAAGCAGCGGACAUCGCUGUGGUUGGCCUGUAUUUCAUGCUGGUGCUUGCCAUCGGGUGUUUGGCUAUGUGGAAGGCCAAUCGCAGCACUGUGAAAGGCUACUUCCUGGCCGGACGCUCUAUGACCUGGAUAGUGAUCGGGGCGUCGCUCUUCGUCAGCAACAUUGGCAGUGAACAUUUCAUAGGCCUGGCGGGGUCGGGAGCAGCGAGUGGCUUUGCUGUAGGAGCCUGGGAGUUUAAUGCACUUCUACUUCUGCAGUUGCUCGGCUGGGUGUUUAUCCCAGUCUACAUCCACUCGGGAGUCUUCACGAUGCCACAGUACCUCUCCAAACGCUAUGGUGGCAACAGGCUGAAGGUGUACUUUGCUUGCUUGUCUGUGUUACUUUACAUUUUUACCAAGCUGUCUGUGGACUUAUACGCCGGAGCUCUGUUUAUUCAGGAGUCCCUGGGGUGGAACCUGUAUUUGUCUAUUGUUCUGCUCAUCAGCAUGACCGCUCUACUGACCGUCACCGGUGGGCUCAUAGCAGUGCUGUACACGGACGCCCUUCAGGCAGUGCUGAUGAUCGGUGGAGCCCUGACGUUAACUAUCAUGAGCCUGAUCAAGGUUGGUGGACUGGACGGUGUCAGAACUAAAUACAUGCAGGCAGUUCCUAAUGUCACUGCUAUAAUAGCCACUGGAAACUACACCUAUUCCCCUUCUUGUCGCAUCGAGCCCAAACCGAACUCCCUGCGCAUCCUUCGAGGUCCCCUGGAUGAAGACAUCCCCUGGCCAGGCUUCAUUCUUGGCCAGACCCCUGCAUCCAUCUGGUAUUGGUGCGCAGACCAGGUCAUUGUUCAGAGAGUUCUCGCAGCAAAGAACAUUGCUCACGCCAAAUGCUCAACUCUCAUGGCAGGCUUCCUCAAGAUCCUGCCGAUGUUUGUGAUCGUGAUUCCAGGAAUGAUCUCCCGCAUCUUGUUUGCGGAUGAGAUUGCCUGCAUCGGCCCAGAGCACUGCAUGGCAGUGUGUGGUUCUCAGGCCGGCUGCUCGAACAUCGCCUACCCGCGCCUGGUUAUGGCCGUGAUGCCCGUGGGACUCAGGGGCCUCAUGAUGGCGGUCAUGAUCGCAGCUCUGAUGAGCGAUCUCGACUCAAUCUUCAACAGUGCCAGCACCAUCUUCACUCUGGACAUCUACCAAACAGUUCGGGAGGCGGCGUCCCAGCGCGAGCUCCUCAUUGUCGGCCGCAUGUUUGUCGUGUUGAUGGUCGCAAUCAGCAUUGCCUGGGUCCCUGUCAUCAUUGAGAUGCAAGGAGGGCAGACAUACCUCUACAUCCAGGAAGUUGCUGGAUACCUCACCCCACCAAUCGCAGCCCUCUUCCUGCUCGGUGUCUUCUGGAAACGGUGUAAUGAAACAGGUGCCUUCUGGGGAGGUAUGACCGGUUUCACACUCGGUACCCUACGACUGAUCUUGGCUUUCAUCUACCGGCAACCUCGCUGUGACCAGCCGGACGACAGGCCCGCAUUCAUCGUUCAUGUCCACUACAUGUAUUUUGCGGCCGGGCUCUUCUGGAUCUCUGGUUUGGUGGCAGUGAUAGUUAGUCUCUGCACACCUCCACCGAACGAGGACCAGGUUCGUACUACCACGGUCUGGGGCCUUCGCAACAUUGAAAAGGUUCCCCCGAAGAACAGAGAUGAAGCGUAUCACCUUACAGAGAAGAACCAUUAUAACGGUGACGGUCGCUUCCAUAAAGAAAUCCCCCCAGAUGUACAAAAAGAGAAGUGCCCGGACGGCGCGGAUGUCAGACUCUUAGUGCCGUCCACCGACCACGACCCGGCGACCCCAAGUACUGAAACGUCGCCAGCCACCACCCCAGCAGAACAGUUCAGUAGAGGAGGGAUGGAGAGGAUCAGAGAAGACAAAGACUUGAGUGCUGAUGGGAGAUCCAGUCAGUGCAUGCGUCUAAUGGAUUGCUUUUGUGGAUAUGAAGACGGAACAAAAAGCACUCAGCCCAAAUUGGCAGAAGAUGAAGCCAGAGCGAUUGCAGAAAUGUUGUAUGAACCGCCAAGAGUGAAGAUAUUCCUCAACCUGGGCCUGCUGUGCGUCUGCUGUGUGGGCAUCUUCAUGUUUGUUUAUUUCUCACUGUAGUGAAGCCCUGCGCUGGACUAACAGGGACUGGUGUGGGGUUUGUAGCUGCUUUUUUUACAGGUGUCUGUCACGCUUCAGCCUGUUGCGAAGGGUUGAAUUUUCAGAUAUGAGAAGCUCUGUCUGUAAUAUUUACAGUUGUCUUUUGUAGCUCUCUUAACAGGGAUUUAAGCUUAUUCUAAUCAUUUUUUUUAAAUGAUUAAAGCCUCAUUAAGAAGAAGAAAACAAAGUAUUUCUAUGACCAACUCUUCUUUGGCACUUAUUUGUCCAGUUUGUACAGCGCUUGUUAAUCCUGCAUUCAAACUGGGAUUUAUAAAACUUUGAAUUUGUUAUAUGCCUUAUCUGACACAUGCACUUGUCUAUUUCAUUGUGAAAGAAUCUAUGUAAUUUGUGAUUAAAAAAAAAAAUUCCCGUUGAGUGUCUUAGUUGCUGUAGCAGUCAUAUCUCUACAUUAACUUAAAUGAUUCAGUUUGAAGCCAUGACAGUUUUGUUUGAGUGACUUUGACUAAGCUAUAUUGGUAGAAUUUCUAAUAUGUUAUUGCUUAGAUUUGUAUUGUGCCCUGCAAGGUUGUUUUUCAUGUUUUCACCAAAUAUAUAUUUUUUUGUUUUGUUUUUCCAUUUGCUUGAUAGAACUUGUUUUAAUUUGUAUCCCAGUCUGUUGUUCAUCAAGGCUCUGUUAUAAAUUCUGCAAAACUGGAAAUAUUGUAUCUGAGUCCAUUAGUGAAGCUUCUGCUGUGGUUACUAUUUGGUAUUCAGAGUAUGUUCAUGCUUAGCAGCACACUACAGUGAGAAAAGCACAAGAGUAGUUUUAUUUUCCCUCCUUUUCACAAGAACGAGAUCUACAGCUGUAUUGCUAUUUUUAAUAGUUCAUAUACAAUGUUUUUUCUACUACUGUGAUAUGUUGUAAUAUUUUUUGGUGUGUGACUUUAUGCCAUUGUUCAAAACCAACAUACAGCUUUUUAUGCACUCAUGUAUCAUACAAAAAAAAAGCUGCAAAUACCAAUGCUUAUGACUCUAUAUCAGGUUGUAUUUUAUGCGUUUGUUCAUUCUGUUUUCCAGGUUUUUGAGAAGUGUGUCUAGUUUCCUGUAUUCUGUUACUGUUGUGUUCAAUGCUUUUCAGAGAUCACUGUAAAACCCACAAUAUAUAGUUCUCCAAUUGUAGGCUUAACACUUGCAUAUCUACUGUGUCUAUAUAUUUGUGAGUGCUGCAGUGCUGAAAUAUCAUUUAAACAUGUUUUACAUACAUAUUUUACCAACCUCCCACCAAAUGGGAAACACUGAAGCAGAAAUAAGAAACUGUUUAGUAUCGAAAAAAGUUUUGUGCAGCGAUCACAUCUAUCCAAAGCUUUGAUAUAAAAAUGCUUUUUCAUUCCGUAUGUUUUCACUCACCUUCAUUGGGCAGAGAGGAUGAAAAACAGGAAGGUUUCAGCUGUUUCUUGCCGGAGUGUUUCAGUUGUUUGCCUUCUGGAUCGUGAUCAUUAUUCCCACAAUGUAUCCUCCACACAACAACUUCUCAACCCCGCGAUAUGAGAAACAUAAGUGCAAAAUGCUUUUUUGUGUGUUCUAUUAUUGACAGCAGUGUUGAAUGACCUCUGUUUAAAGUCUCGGCGUCAUAAUUUGGUUGUUCUCCGUCGAUGUUGGGCACAAGUGAUGCAUAACAAGGAAGAUUGUAUGAGAAAAAUGCUGUAUGGAAAAGAGCUUUAAAAAUGUUGUUUCUCCCCAUUUUUUCUUUCUGAGAGAAUAAAUGUUAUUUUUUAUGAAUUUUAUUUUUAGAGGCUGAAAUAAAGUUCCUGUGGAUACAAAAAAAUACAAAUGAGUUGUCAUCCUUUAUAUUCAUGAAUAAAUGAUUCACUUUAGUGUCAACAGUUAUUUUUCUACAACAGAAUCUCACAUUCCGUCAUGUGAUUAUCAGCUGCUUCAAAGAUCAGUUGCUUUUUGAUAAUGAGAACAAUCUGUUCAGAGCCAGUCCAGGAUCAGGUGAUUCCAGGUAUCAGUACACAACAUUCAUGCAAUUAUAUAAAAAAAAAAAAAGCAACUGACUCACAAAUCCCCACUUCAUUCUUUUCUUAAAUACAUAUCCUCUUUAAUCCUUAG